AUGGAAUCUGCUUUGACCUCGGAUGAUAGUUGCGAUUCGGAGAUGAAAACCAUGAAAAACCUAUUGAGUGAAUUUGACUUACAUGAAGAAAACCUUAGUAAAGAAGAAAUGGUCGAUCUUCUUAAAGCCCUAAAAAAUUCAAAAUCAACAGUUAAAGAAGAGGAAAGAUUAAGGCAAAAGGUUGAAGACUAUCAAUGUAGUGGAACAGCAAAAAUUAAUUUGAAGAGAAAAUAUUUGAAUGUUAGGGAUAGAAGAAUGCCUUGGAGUAUUUUACCUAACACCAUAACAGCUGCUGAGAAAGCUCAUACACUUGCAGUCUACAUAAAAAUGAUGUCAAUAAACAAUUAUAGACAAGCUAGACAAUGUGUCAAUUUUGCUGCUUGGCCACCUCCAAUUCAAAUACUUGAAGAGUCUACGAGGGUUCAGCCUGUGAGAUCUACUAGAAGUGGACGAACUGUGCCAGCUUAUUGUGGUUUUGAUGAUGACUCCUCAGACUUUGAUAUCAUUGUAACAAAAACAAAGAAAAGAAAAGCUUCACAAAGCGAAGGUAAUCUCGAUGAUGGUGUAUAUUCAAACAAAGUAAUCAGCUUAAAAAGGAAAACCACAAAGGAGGAGGGAGCUUCUAGGCCAGUAAAAGAACCAAAAAUUGAUGCUGUAGUAAAUAAACCAGAGGUAACAAAGAAUGGCAAAAUAAACACGCCUCACAGCCUCCAGUGGUUGACUUGCCUUGACCUGAGCUGUGGCCCCACAGUACCUCUAUUGGAUAAGCGGUGUUGUCUCGCCAGUAAUCCUCUAAUCCUCUCCCCGCUAGUUAUUCUGUCUCAACUUACGUUGCGAGGACCGGGACAGUGGUUCCUCGUCUUCCCAGUGCCGGAUUCACCAUGUAGCAAGAGUAGCAAAGGCUACGGGCCCCGCGCCAAAGGGACCCCGCAUAUU